AAAUGAUGCAUCUAAAUAACCAACAGAAACAAAUGAAAUAGAUGAAGACGAAACAAAUUGCUCUCAAUGAUAGUUUCACGCGCUUUCUAAUACCUUGGAAACGGGUUGACAUAGUUUCAUGGUAAUAAAACUAGUUUCACCAUUUAUAAUAAAUGUAGUGCCGUGUCAUCAAAAUUCUAUGUGACAUACUAAUUAGUGUCAUGAAAUCUCAUGAAAAUGCCACUUAGAGCACUUGAAAGUUAAGAACCAGCAGAGUUGUUUGGGCCGGCCCACUCAAAGCACAAAGCAGAGGCCAGUCGGAGUAAGGUGGUCCACUGGAGUCAUUCCACGUGGAUUGACUUUGACUCGUUGAAAUCCAACUCCUGCAGCUGCAGCUGCAGCACAGCGACCGAGCCAUCUCCAUUUGAAUUUCAAAUUCCCCUCUCCUCCUCCUCCCUCACUCACCCACCGCGCACCCUGGCCAUUCAAUUUCUUCCCUCCUCUUCCCUUUCUUUUUUUCCCCAGCACCACCACCACCACCACCAGCAGCAGUAGCCAGGAUGGGGUGCGUGUCGUCCGCCUUGCUCGAGGAGGACGGCGCCGAGGACGACCGCCGCCGCAUCAUCUCGCACCACCACAUCGUCUCCCUCACCUCCUCCACCUACGGCAUCCUCACCAGCCCGCGAGCCUACUGCUCCUCCUCGUCGUCUUCCACUGCCCUUGGCUCAGAGCCGUUGGCUCGUUGCGCGCCUCCUCCUCCCCCUCCGCUGCCUCCCCCUCCACCGACGACGGCAAGACAACAAGCAGCCCCAGCACCGAAACCCGAAUCCCAGCCCCAGGCGGAGGUCAUCAACUCCUGGGAGCUCAUGGCAGGCCUCGUGGACCCCUCGACGCCGGGCAAGCCCACGAAGCUCGACGGCGGCGGCCAGCAGCGCCGCCGCCGCAUCCCUCUGCGCGCCAUCGACGGCAACUCUUCCGUCUCCAAGGCGCCGUCCUCGUCCGCGGUUGUGCUCUACACCACCUCCCUCCGCGGGGUCCGCGUCACCUUCGAGGCCUGCAACGCCGUCCGCGCGGCGCUGCAGGCGCACGGCGUCGCCUUCCGGGAGCGCGACGUGUCCAUGGACCGCGGGUUCAGGGACGAGCUGAGGAGCAGGCUGGGGCUGGGGCUGGGCGGCGGCAGAGCAGCAGCGGCGGGCAUGCUCCCCAGGCUGUUCGUGCGGGGCCGUCACGUGGGCGGCGCGGAGGACGUGCUGCGCCUGGACGAGGAGGGCCUCCUGGCGCGGCUGCUGGAGGGCCUGCCCAGGGCGCGCGGAGGGGCCUACUGCUGCGACGGAUGCGGCGGCAUGAGGUUCCUGCCCUGCUUCGACUGCUCGGGGAGCCGCAAGCUGGCUGUCGCGCUUCCCGUGGUGGCCUCCUCGCGGAAGAAAGCAGGGACCGUGGUGGUGCGAUGCGGGGAGUGCAACGAGAAUGGACUCGUGCUCUGCCCAAUCUGCUCCUGAAUAAAACGACGACAGAGGCAAUCUGGAUCGAAUUUGCUACAUAUGCGCUCCGUGCAAUUUUUAGAAACAUUUGCUGCGCUACUGCUACUGGUCUGAUUGAUGAUCAUCAUCAACAGGUAGUAAUAAUCAACAAGUACAUGAUCCUCAGCUGCA